GCUAUUUGAUUGGUGAUUGCUAGGGGACAGACAGCUUCAGAGCAAGCGCUACAGCUACAUCUUCAAUUUAGGGCAAAAAGCAGCGGUUUUUCCUUCCCUUGUGAAGCAUAGUAUAACUUCUGCCUUGACACAGCUACUGGACGUAUUCGGUCUUUGAUGGUAGCUAAACCAGCGGAGACAACGCAUGCUGUGUGUGCUAGGAUAGAUAAUGUAGUUUAGGCUUCUUCCAGUCGUGUGUUUAUCAGGUGUGACAGACGAAGUCGAGUCUCUGGGAAGACCACUGGCUACGACUCCCUUUGAUUUGUUCCUGAGAUCAAGAACUUCAAACUGGCUGAAAUGGAUGAACAAAGUGUUGAGAGCAUCGCUGAGGUGUUUCGCUGCUUCAUCUGCAUGGAGAAACUGAGGGAUGCUCGUCUCUGCCCACACUGCUCCAAACUCUGCUGCUUUAGCUGCAUACGACGAUGGUUGACAGAGCAGAGAGCCCAGUGUCCACACUGUCGGGCUCCACUCCAGCUGAGGGAGCUGGUCAACUGUCGCUGGGCAGAGGAAGUGACCCAGCAGCUGGACACCCUGCAGCUCUGCAGCCUCACCAAGCAUGAGGACAACGACAAGGACAAAUGUGAGAACCACCAUGAGAAGCUGAGUGUUUUCUGUUGGACCUGUAAGAAAUGCAUCUGUCACCAGUGUGCUCUGUGGGGAGGCAUGCAUGGUGGCCACACCUUCAAGCCUCUGGUGGAGAUCUACGAGCAGCAUGUGACUAAAGUGAAGGAGGAGGUUGCCAAACUCCGCCGUCGCCUCAUGGAGCUUAUCAGUCUGGUACAGGAAGUGCUUGUGUGUGCGUGUGUGUGUGUGUCUGUGGGUCAGGAGAGGAAUGUGGAGGCUGUCAGGGGAGCGAAAGACGAGAGGGUCCGAGAGAUCCGAAAUGCUGUGGAAAUGAUGAUCGCUCGUCUAGACAACCAGCUCAAGAACAAACUCAUCACCCUCAUGGGCCAGAAGACGUCCUUGACCCAGGAGACGGAGCUGCUGGAGUCUCUCCUGCAGGAGGUGGAGCAUCAGCUUCACUCCUGCAGUAAGAGUGAACUGAUCUCCAAGAGCCCAGAGAUCCUGCUCAUGUUCCAGCAGGUCCAUCGGAAACCCAUGCAGUCCUUUGUCACCACGCCAGUCCCUCCUGACUUCACCAGUGAGCUGGUUCCUGCUUAUGACUCCAGCACUUUUGUUCUGGUCAACUUCAGCACCCUGAGGCAGCGGGCUGACCCGGUCUACAGCCCUCCUCUACAGAUAUCUGGGCUCUGCUGGAGACUCAAAGUCUACCCAGAUGGUAAUGGUGUGGUCCGUGGAAACUACCUCUCUGUAUUCUUGGAACUGUCUGCUGGACUCCCUGAAACAUCAAAGUAUGAGUACCGUGUGGAGAUGGUCCAUCAGGCCUCCAGUGACCCAACCAAGAACAUCAUUCGGGAGUUUGCCUCCGACUUCGAGGUCGGUGAAUGCUGGGGCUACAACCGCUUCUUCAGACUGGACCUUCUGGCCAGCGAGGGCUACCUGAACAUGCAGACUGACACACUGGUCCUCCGCUACCAGGUUCGCUCACCCACCUUCUUCCAGAAGUGCAGAGAUCAGUACUGGUACAUCAGCCAGCUGGAAUCGGCCCAGAGCGGUUACAUCCAGCAGAUCAACAACCUCAAAGAGAGGUUGGCCAUCGAGCUGUUUCGCCGCCAGACGUCGCGCAGCUCCUCACCCCCUGACCUGAGGCUCGCUGCGGGCAACACAGCCUCUGAAAGAGACCCUCGCUCGGUGAAGAGUGACGACGACAUCCAGACCACUUUGAGCAACACUAAAAAAGGCGAAGAAGAAGAGAGGACCCAGCACGAUGACUCUAAUGAGCUGUCGGACGGUGACUUGGAGGUGGACUGUCUGACAGAGGAGGAGGUGAACCCGCUGGACGGCAGCAGCACCUCGGGGAGCUCCACAGCCACCAGCAACACAGAGGAGAACGACAUAGAUGAGGAGACCAUGUCAGGAGAGAAUGACGUAGACUUCAUUGGGAACCUGGAGACAGAAGAAGGCGAGCUUCCUGAUGACUUGGCUGGAGCCACAGGUGGAUCCAGCUCCAGUGUGCGUUCCUUACAUCGCAGUGCUGCUGCUGGUCGCAGUGCCAGUAGUAGUGGAGCCACUGGUGCUGUUGGUCCAGGCAACAGCAGCCUCCUGGAGAUUGACCCGGUCAUCCUGAUCCAGCUGCUGGAUCUAAAAGAGCGCAGCAGCGUGGAGUCUCUGUGGGGCCUUCAGCCUCGGCCUCCUGUAUCUCUCCUGCACAGCCAAGCUCAUCCUCAUUCAAGGAAAGAACGAGAGCGGCGACCUCAGGUCGUGCGUCGAUCAGCUCCAGACUCAGGGGUCCUGAUCCGCCUCAAGGCUCAAAUGGCUGAGGUUCGCAGCAAGAUGUCUGAUGUCAAGAGCCAAGUGCUUGAGGCUCGGGGGUCCGGAGAGCCCAGGCCGGGCCCAUCAGGGGGCUUCAGUGUGGAGGAGGUACCCUCCCACCAUGCUGAUUCAGAGUUGUCAGCUUGUCAUAAGCCUGGUGAGCUGGACCUACUGGGGAGAGCAGCUGCAGCUCGGUCCAGGCCCUGCCGCCCUGCCAGGAAAUCUCUGUCCCCUGUCCUGGACAGCAGCGGCUCUCUGGUUGUGAAGAGGAGGAGUCCAGAGGAGCUGGAGAAGGACCUGAGAGGAGCAGACUUGGCCUCAGAGCUCAGCCUGCAUAUCAAAGAGGGGCUGGGAGGCGCAGAGGGAGUGCUGAAGGCUGACUGCACCCAGGGCCCCCUUGUGUCUCUCGGCAGCUCCUCAUCAGAGCAGGCCUCCACCUCCAAGCAGCAGUACUCGGUGGAGCAGCAGCUGUACGGGGCCUCGGGGCCCAGGGAUGACAUCUUCUCUUUGGGAGGACCGAGCUACAUGACUGCCAGCAAGAACUGUGGCAGUAGGACCCUAGGGGCAGCCAUGUUGGACUGUGAAUCUGAAAGCUUAGGAAACUCCCAUCAGUCCUUGCUGGAGGGACCCUGUGCACAGCCACAGUCAAAUGAAGAUCAGUCACCAUCUGUCCUGGUGGCAGCAACAAGCAGUGACAGCGACACUGAGGACGAGGCUCUGCAGAGCAACAACUCUCGUUACGACAACCAGACUCCUCCCUGCACAGGAGAGCAGCUUCUGUCCGAUGAUAUGAGUCUGCCUGCUGACAGGUGAUUUCCUCUGAGCCUGUCAGACCUGGAGCCCCACUGCUUUAUCCUCAACAGCCAUACAGCGAUGCAAUAACGGCCGGAGACAACACACAUGCUAGUUACACAGAUCUGUAGAGUAGAAACCGCUUGUUACGCAUGAAGUUGAAAUGAAGACAAUGCAACAGCUCACAUUUCUGUUGGAGUGCUGAAUAUUUACAGAACUGGACCAUGACAGAAAUAAUGGUAAAGAUGUAAUCAGGUGGUUGUGAUGGCGUUAAGGAAAAUAUUAACUGUUCAGAUGACCGCAAAAGUCAUAAAUAUUGUGUGAAUACAAUGAAACUGCCCCUUCUUAAGAGAAUUAACAUUUCAAUAUUUUCCAAUCUUUUAAAAGCAGUUUUAUGUUUUUCCCUGUUGCAUUUCUUGGUCAUAAUUAUAUAGGGAUGCACAUACUUUCACUUCUGUCAUGGUCAGUUCAGUACGUCAGAGGAAAACAUUCAGCCAUUUGUGCAAUGACUGAAUCUCUAAAAAUGUUUAGGGCACAAAAACUGUUGGUUUAUCUUCUUACUUUUUAUUUUAUAAACCUGAACCAUUACAUUUUACCUGGACUUCAGCCACUUUAAUUAACUUUCAGCACAAAUCUGUUAACUUCUCAGUGUAUAAAUUCUUUGUAAAUCUGGCAAGUCUACAACAUAUUUGCAAGAGUCUGAGGAUAAACUGUACAUAAUCUGUAGCCUGUCAAUAAGAGCUUAGUGUUUUAUAACGGCUUGUUGUUGAUGUUUAAGUCUCCACACCUACUCGACUUCCUUCACCCAUGUCUCUGCACCUCCCAGCUUUGGUGCUAAAAAAACUAUUCCCUCCCAAAACGUUCAGUUUUAGUGACACUGCAGCUUGUCCACUGCAUAUAUUCAGUGCUUUUUUUUUUUUUUUCUUCCUGCGGUGAACAUGUAGUGCUCAAUUAGCUUCUCUUCUUCUCGUAACUUAUGUAAAUGUCUUCUCUCUUAAUAACAGCGGCAGCAGCAACCACGGUUUCUGUCAUUAUGUGACAUUUGAAAAGGCUACAUGAUCACUGAAUCACAUGGGUUAUAAAACUGCUGCUGCACUGAUGAUGUCUGUGGGCUGAAACUUUGAAGCAUGAUGCAGAUCCGACUCCAUAAUAAUGUACCAGCAGGUGUUCUUGCUUCGAUCUGCUCCGACAUUACUGACCGGAGCUACACCACUCACAGAGAGCGACCUCACUACAGUUUAUGCACUACACAACUGAAAAGUCAGCUAUCUCUGAGGGUGGAAACUUUGAGAUAAGUUGAACCUCUGGCCGCAGUCAGUGAUGUCACAGCAGCUGUUUUCCAUCAGCCGUCAAACACAAAAUACCUGCAAUAGGCUUUUUUUUUUCACAGCGACGCAUUCUUUUUAAAGGGUCGGUUCACCCAAAGUACAAAUAUUAUUUUCUCACUUCUGUGUAGUCGUAUCUAUCCAUACAGAUAGUUUUUGUUUUAUUUGUCCAGGUUUCGAUACAAUAGCGGUGAAUGUAUGGCUGCAACUAAUGACUGUUUUCAUUAUUGAUUAAUGUACAGAUUAUUUUCUCAGUUGUUUAGUGUAUAAAAUGCCAGCAGAGUGAAAAAUGUCAUAAUGUCCCACAACCCUGGUCAAUACUUUUUUGUUUUGUCCGAUCAACUAUCCAUAGAUAUCCAAUUAAUUAUCAUAGAAAACUAGAAAAUAAUUUGAGAAACUGCAUUUUCACAUAAAAAAGGUUGCAUUAUCAAAACUAUUGCUGGUUUAAUUGUCAAAUUAUUAAUCAAAUAAUCAUUGCACUUCAAGGUGAAUGGAAUUUAGUUUGUGGAGCUCUGAAAAAUGAAAUUUUAAAAAUUCAACAGCAACACAUCUUUCCAGAAACACAAUGCCCCUGUUACUGUAAAUAAUCCACAGAACUCAUUGUUAACAAUUUUAAUCAGAAAUACUUGGGACUCUUUCUUCAGUCGAAAGUAUUUCCAUUGAAAACCGUGUGUGUUCUGUAGAGUAACAGUGACAUUGACUCUGGAAAGAGAUGUUUCCGAUACAUUUUUCAAAUUUAAUUUUUCCAUGCUGUGAGCAAAGCUAAAUGUGUUGCAUUUAGCUUUAUUACAUUGGGGAGACAUCUCUCCAAACCUGGACAAAUAAAACAAAAACUACAGAGUUUUAUACAACUAGAGGUAAGAGAGAGAAUGUUUUUUGUAAUUUGGGUGAACAGACCCUUCAAGUUGAAAGUGUGGUGCAUUUAAGGUCCUUCUUCAUUCUCAGAGGACUUGACAGAAAAGGUUAAAAAAAAAAAAAAAAAAACUGUAGUUAUGUAACAUGCUUUGUGCUGCACUGAUAGGAUCUCUGCUUCACUGGCUUUUCUUCAUGGAUAUAUUAUUUUUCAUCUCGAAUACUCUUGUGUGUCAAAGGCUGCAAAAGGUGCACGUUAUUGGGAGAAAACUUAAGCGGGAAAACGUCACGUUGACUUGCUGUUAUAGCGGAUGAGGUUGAGAACAGAAGUACCUGGAAGUUGAGCAGUUUAACAGACCUUUCUGCACUUUGUAAGACUCUGAAGUGGGCCCUUUCCUCUUCAUUGAGCCAUAUCUUAUUUUUAAAGCCACUUAAUCUUUGGAUCAAAGAAAUGACAGUAUUGUACAUGUCUACAGUCAUUAGUUUACUGUGUAAAUAUCUUGAUAUAUACAGUUGUGGAGCUUGCUGUACAUGUGCCCGAACGUGCAUGGCUUUAUUGGCUGGAUUGAAGGAGAAAGAACGUCUUCGCACCAAGACAUGUAAAGUCAAACUGAAAUCAUCCAGUAGAGUGAAGUUGAUGUUUGAAAUGUAUUCACCUCUGCAACUCCAGUCCACUUGAUCAUGUGACUUUUGACUUUUCCUCUGUUGCUUUACAUGUUCAUGAUCGAGGCAUGGGGAAACGGCAGCCAGGCUCUCACCGUUUAUUAACCUUUUCUCUUAUUUCUGCUUGUUGUGUCAAAAGCUGCUUUUAUUUUGAAUGUUCCCAGAAUGCACUGCAUUAUUUGACUUUAUUGUGUAAUAAAUAAAAUGUUUUAAGAUCCUGGAAGUGACCACAUUCUCGUGUCUUCUGUCUCCUAUUACUUUUGCAUUUGGAUCACAGAUGAUGCAUCGUCACAGCGAGGUAACGUAAUGUCUGAAUGUUGAAAUGUAAAAUUUGCUUUAAAGAUUAAAGGAUAAUUCUGCUUUA